AUGGGGGUAGCUUUAUUAAGAGAAGAAAAUCUAGAUUUAGAAAAAGCGGAAGGACUGGUCAUAUUACAAGAGACCGCAACAAUGAUGAUACAAGGAAGGACAUCAAAUAUGAGGGUAUCGGCGGUAGAUGCAACGGAGGGAUGUCAAAAUUGCGGGAAAAAGGGGCACGACUCGAAGGAUGAAAGGGGGAAUAUUAGAAAAUUCGCAGAGACAAAGAAGAAUACAGCGCAAUGUUAUUCUUGUGGUAGACCGGGUCAUUUUGCGAGAGAGUGUAGGAAUAAUAACAGAUCAGGGCAAAGGACGCAGGGAGGUUGUUAUAGUUGCGGACAAAAGGGUCAUUGGGCUAGGGAUUGCCCAAGACAAAAUCGACAGGGACGAGAGAAUUUUUCGAAAAAUAGAAUACGGAGAACUACACCCCCAGGAAGAGGGGGUGAAGCAAAUAUGGCCUGGGGUCAACGUGAAAGCAAGGAAAUAGGAAGAAAUGAUGAUAAGGAAGGGGGGCGAAGUACGGGAGCUAUUCCUAAACGAUCGCCUCCAUUUUCGAGGGGGUCUCAGUCGAGGAGACGAGAAGAUUUAAACGGGGAGGGCCAAAAUCCAACUGCCGGGAUAGUGGCCGGAAAUCUUUAA